AUUCCACCCAGUCCAGCCGGUGUAUUUGGAUACAAAGUCAGCCUAGAUACUGACAGCUGCGUCUAGAAAUGGCACGUCUUUUGGAGAAAAAAGCGAUUUGAUUGUGAAGGACAACUGGCCACCCGACUGACCCAGAUGAGUAAGGACUCCAAGACUAUUCAUUUUGUGGAAUUGGAUUAUGGAAUCUGAUGGUGGAUAUUUGGAUGCGAUCCCACGCCCAUACGACAAUGUCAAUGGAUGUUGUGAUGCACGGUGUCCAGGCUUUUUUCCCGUAAAUAUUUGAAUAUUUAAUAUUUGGUUUAUUUGAACCAGAAGACAAGAUGCAAUAUACACAUAAAGACUGGAUUCUAAUUAUAUUUUGCACUAAAAGGGAGGAUUAGGCUUUUACUAGGCCUGUUACAUUAUUAUAAUUAUUAUAAUUAUUAUUAAUGCCUCGAAGAUGGUCUAUCAUAGCCAAAGAAAACACGUUACUGUAGAGGAUUAAUCGCCUUAUUUGAAUCACGUCAACUCGGAUCAGAGAUACACAACUAUUUGCAAUUGGAAUUACAGCGUGAUGCCUUCACAAAACCCACCAUUUAUUGUUAUGGUAGGCUAUUUCGUUCUCAAACCUAGCGUGUGAAGGUGUCGAAAAGCACUGAAAUAUAUUCCGUAGAGCCAGCAGGUGCGGGAUCUUAGAUCACAAAUAACUGAAAUGUGCAACAUCGUAUCCAUAUAAGUAGACAAGGCUAUUGCUUAUGAUUACACAUGUAUUAUAUGUUUUGAAUGAGAAUCGUCUUGUAGCCUACAAAAUAAAGGUUAGAUAAUAAUGGCAAAAACAGACCGUGCUGUACCCGUGUCUCUGGACUCGCGCGUUCGUGUAGACUCACUGUAUCGCGUUUAUUGAAACAUUACCGUGCGCACAACUUAGGCCGGACAAUGUAACAAGACAAACGAUCAAUCAUUGAUGUGCGCUGACUACAAAGAUGCGAAACGUACAGGCACUCAAUUGUCUUUGCCUGACUGCUGUCCGCCGUAAUUCCCCAUCUAAAAAUGGACGAGAAUGCUAUUUAAGGACAUUAAACUGGCUUAUACGUGUAUCGGUGUAGGCCUACAUGAUCAAGAAGAGGCAGCAUCAAAGUAGGGACAUUUUUCAAUCGAUAUUUCAACAAAAUACGAGGUCAAGACAAAUUGCUGUAAUUCAUCGCUUUCAAAAAGCCAAUGACCAUGUAAUAACGAGAUGUCAGACAAGCGAUAUAUUCUUCUGCUCUGUGCUUGUUUGGAAAUAACAACGAUCCUUGCUCAGAGGAUGUUAAACUAUACAGAUGACACUAUUUAGAAUCAGAAUGUUUUGUUACAUGUGGUGCAAUUGAUCUACAAAUAGCCUAUUUAGAUGUGCGAUCUCCUUCAGUUGUCGUGUAGCUUCCUCGCUGUCUUUGACCUCUUAUAAUCUUGAAGGAGAGGAGCUAGCCUCUUUAAAUCGCUGAGUCAGGAUCUGUUCUCAAUGAGGCGGCAUGAAGUGCAGCGUUGGCUAUGUCUUAUUACUCAUUAGGGCAAAAAUGUAAGGAACUAAAAAGGGUAAGACGCCAUAAUAAACUCAACUUUUGUGGACCACUCAGACCACCCGGCGCUUGCUGAAUCUUGAGAGGGAGACAGUAAAUACAAUCAGUAGUCUAAUAUGAAAUAGCAAUAGAUGCUCAGAGAUACCCUAGUUGUAAAAGCAGUGUGGGAUGUUACAGAGACCCGUGUUCAGAUCCUGACCAUGCUCUCCUGAGCAGCGCAAAGCUAUACCAUCCACAAGGACCUGAUCUCACAGUACUGAAGAGGGUCUACUUUGGGAUUUUCCCAGGCCAGCCUUGACUCUCUGGUAGCUUUCUAGCCCAUACCAUUGAAUAAUAAACAGUAGCCUCUCUCAGAGAUGGCCAUGGUUCUGCCCUGAUUGCUUUUUUCCCCCUUUAGAAACACACUCCAGAGAGAACCUGUUGUAGAGAUACAUGUUAAAUACACACUGCAUUAUACAUGGUAAUACAGACUGCUACACACACAUGAUUGGUGACAGGAACUGGAACUACCCCAGUAAAAGGGGGCCGUGAUGGGACAGUGGAGCUUUGGCCUGCCUGCCCACUGAUCUGUCUCUCCUCUGGUUAAGGAGGCCUGGAUUCAGCUGAUGGGCCCUGCAUGGAUUUUGUGCGUGAGUUGACAGAGGGCAGGCCCACAGCGCUGACCAGCAGCCGAGCAGCCAUGGACCCAUAUGCCAGAGCGAGCAGCACAGCAGCCCCCCUGCCCUGCACCAGCUGUGGGGGCUGCUGCGACCCUCCUCCCCCUGGCCUCAUGCUCGUUGGUCCCCUUGGCCCCCCUUAUGGCCCCCCUCUUUCCUCCAUGCCCCCACAUAUGACCCCUGCUCCCCCGGUGUGUUCUGCUACAGCUGUCCAGGCUGAGAAUGGCAGCAGCUGGAACUCCUCCUCUGGUUCUCCAGACUCCCACCCUGGCAGCUCUACCACCUCCAACCCCUACUGGAUGGCCGUGUUUGACUACGAGGCCACGGCAGACGAGGAGCUGACCCUGCGGCGCGGGGACCUCCUUGAGGUCCUCUCCAAGGACUCCAAAGUGUCCGGGGAUGAGGGCUGGUGGACGGGCAAGAUCCAGGACAAGGUGGGCAUCUUCCCAUGCAACUACGUUACUCGGAGGGACGCCGGCAGCUACCAGCAGCUAGCCCCAGGAGGGCUGGUGGCGGGUGGGGUGCCUGAGGGGUGCCCCCUGGAGAUCGACUUCACGGAGCUGGUGCUGGAGGAGGUGAUUGGGGCAGGGGGGUUUGGGAAGGUGUAUAGAGGGAUGUGGCAAGGGGAGGAGGUGGCAGUUAAAGCUGCCAGGCAGGACCCUGACGAGGACAUUAGCGCCACAGCUGAAAGCGUACGACAAGAGGCUAGGCUUUUCUGGAUGCUCAGACACCCCAACAUCAUCAACCUGAUAGGGGUGUGCCUGCGAGAGCCCAACCUCUGCCUGGUGAUGGAGUACGCCCGCGGGGGGGCCCUGAACAGAGCCCUAGCUGGGAAGAAGGUACCCCCCAGGGUGCUGGUGAACUGGGCCGUGCAGAUCGCCACGGGGAUGGACUACCUGCACAAUCAGACCUUUGUACCGGUUAUACACAGAGACCUCAAGUCUAGCAACAUCCUGAUCCUGGAGCCCAUUGAGAGGGAGGAUCUGGGUGGCAGGACCCUGAAGAUCACAGAUUUUGGCCUGGCACGGGAGUGGCACCAGACCACCAAGAUGAGCGCGGCGGGCACCUACGCCUGGAUGGCCCCCGAGGUCAUCAAACUCUCCCUGUUCUCCAAGAGCAGUGACGUCUGGAGUUUCGGGGUGUUGCUAUGGGAGCUGCUAACAGGAGAGGUUCCGUACCGUGAGAUAGAUGCGCUGGCCGUGGCGUACGGAGUGGCCAUGAACAAACUGACCCUGCCCGUCCCGUCCACCUGUCCCGAGCCCUUCGCACUCCUGCUGGCAGAGUCCUGGAGCCCUAACCCCCACAGUCGCCCGUCCUUCACUAAUAUCCUGAUGCGACUGCUGGCCAUCGAACAGUCGGCCAUGUUUCAGAUGCCCCUGGAGUCCUUCCACUCUCUGCAGGAGGACUGGAGGCUGGAGAUCCAGCAGAUGUUUGACGAGCUCAGGGCCAAGGAGAAGGAGUUGCGUUCCUGGGAGGAGGCGUUGGCUCGUGCGGCUGAGGAGCAGAGGGAGCAGGAGGAGCAGCUGAAGAGGAGAGAGCAGGAGCUGGCUGAGAGAGAGAUCGAUAUCGUAGAGCGUGAACUCAACAUCAUCAUCCACCAGAUGUACCAGGAGAAGCCCAGGGUCAAGAAGCGCAAGGGCCACUUCAAAAAGAGCAGACUGCUCAAACUGGGCCGAGACAGCAACAGCAUCAGUCUGCCCUCUGGUUUUGAGCAUAAGAUCACAGUGCAGGCGUCUCCGAGCGUGGAUAAGAGGAAACCCCAGGGCAAUGAGAGCACCACACCUCCAGCCAGCCCAGGGGUCAUACCCCGCCUCAGGGCCAUACGACUGACGCCCAGCGAUGGCAGUAAGACAUGGGGCCGCAGUGCCGUGUGUAAGAAGGAGGACCUGGCAGCUAGCAAAAAGAAGGGACGCACCUGGGGCCCCAGCUCCACCCUCCAGAAAGAGAGACUGGACGGAGAGGACAGGUUGAAGUCGCUAGGCGACGGAUGCAAGGUGUGGUCCUCUAGUGCCCCGAAUCUGGGCAAGUCUCCAAAACACGCCCCCAUGACCGCCGGCUUCUCCAGCCUCAAUGAAAUGGAGGAGCACUGUGAGUUGGAGGAGUCGCCCGGGUCUCUGAUGCCCCCAGAGACCAGCAGUAACGGGUCUGUGGAGGAGGGAGGCCCCUCGUUGGGCGGGGUGGGGCCCGGGCUGGGGACUACUGGGCUAGGGAGUGGGCUGGGUUACCAGGACUCUCUGCGGCGCUGCGGCCAGAGGAAGAAGAGCGACCUGCUGCUACUGGGCUGUGCCUCCCUACUGGCCUCUGUAGGUUUGGGGCUGGACCUGCUACAGCUGGGGAGACUACAGGUACAACAGGACGAGCAGGACCUUAGAGAGGAGCAGCGCAAGAAAAAGGACAGCAUUUUCCAGCGAACGGGUCGCUUCCGCCGCAGCACCUCUCCUCCGAGCCGCGCCCUGUCCCUCUCUCUGUCCCGCCACCGCGACUCUACUCUCCCCUGCACAGACCCCUCUCCCUCCGUCACCCUCCUCUCCCUCUCCUCCCUCUCAGACUGCAACUCCACCAAAUCCCUCCUUCCCUCGGACCUUGAGGACUUGGCGUUGACCCCCGGAGUGGGCUUCUCCCUCCCCGCGGUGCCCCCCGUCCCCUCCGUUAACCCUCUCCUGGAUCUGAGGGCAGAGAGCUUCAAGAGGGAGCCCAAUCAGUCCCUCACACCCACCCAUGUGUCUGCAACCAUGAUCAGGGGGCACAGACGCACCCCCUCUGAUGGGGCGAUUCGCCCCCGCGCACAAACCCUAGGGCACCGCAGGACCCCCUCGGACGGCAGCAUGCCCAUGCCGCCCCCACCAGGGCCCCGCAUCCUCCCCCUACAUGCAGGUUACAAGGAAACCCUGGACAUCCCCCGACUCCCUGACCCUUCCAGCCUCUUCCCAAGGGUCCUCCGCCGCAAGGCCCCUGCUCCGCCUGUCCCGGUCCUGGAGCCCCUGACCAUCAUCAGUCCCUUGGAGAGGCCCAAGACCUUGGAGUUCGCACCCCGGCCUCGGCCCACACCAGCCAGGGUGCGACCGGACCCAUGGAAGCUGGGCUCCCUGUCCAGAACCCUGAGCUCGUCCCCGGGCAGCAGCUGUGACAGUCCCCUGGGCUCUGGGGACAGCAGUGCCAGCACCGGCACUGCCAGGCCUAACCUCAUGGACAUGGACGUGGAUGGACAGGAUCUGGACGGCACCGUGCCCCUGUGUGAACAGCACCAGGCUGCACAGCUCUGUGGACAGAACUACGGCUAGGCCACACAUUACUGUACAUGGGCAACACUGCUCCUAGUGCACACUUCAAAGACUCCUAGUGUGCACACUUUAUUCCUGGUACCCAAUCCCUUUGCGAACAGUACUUCUCCUAGAAGCCCACUUUUGCGGGAUAUACCUCUCUCCUGGUGGUCACUCCUAAGCCUUGUGCCCCCUAGUCUCCUAGUGCUCCUAGUACACACCCAGCAUCUGGGACAGCACAUGUCUUAGUGUCCCUUCCAAAGCCGCCCAGUGUGGGACAACAUUCCUCUAAGUGACCACUUCGCAGACCCUAGAGUCCCAAACCUUUAGUGCCCUGGUGACCAGUGUGCCCUGCUAACCUUCCGCAUAUUACCUGUCCGCUAAAAAGAAGAAACGUGUAAGCCAUUCCACUUCCAGACAGACACUUCUAAGUGCUCAUCCAGAUUUACUUGUGCUGCAGUAGUACUCGUUCUGCUCAACCACCCCGUUGACUCGCUGCCUCUCUCUACGCAGGUGUCGUGUCUGUCUCUGCUCGCUCCUUCCCCAAAGACUAGGGCUGAAGCUUUGCCAGCCUUAGACACAUUCACAUCGCAACAGGGUUGGAAUCUCUUGGGAGUGCCCUUGAAGUGUCCAUGUUAAUAGUUGUUUUGUGGGGGUGCCCUGAUUUGUUAUGAGAGCACCUCUGGGUGUCCCCUCAUGUGGGCCCUGAUGCCACUCCUUCAUAUUUAAAUGUAGUCGUGGUAGGUAGACGCUCAAAUCCUGAGGGACUUCCAAAUCAGUGCGUAAGUUGCCCUCUUAUUGUGCAUCACCUUCUAUAGAGCUCAUGUCCACCCUCCCUCACCUCCACAUAGCAUCUUCCUGUAUAGGGAUGGUCUCUGUCCUCCCCCUCUCCCAAAGACUGCAACAGGAACAGGGAAGCCAUUUUAAGCUCCACAGCACAAUUGACAGGACUUUAUUUCCUCAGCUCUGUACAGCAAAUUCAUUUUAUUUUUCUCAAUGCUUGAACCAUUCCAGCCAUAACCUUUUUAGCACAGCAUUUUCUAUUGGUUUGGCGAAUUGUGUGUCUGUGUGGGUGUACACUGUGUGUCUGUGUGGGUGUACACUGUGUGUCUGUGUGGGUGCGCACGUGCGCAUGUGUGCUUGGGUUUUGUUACCGCAUGUUAUUUUAGUGUGAAGGAUGUACUGUAGAACUAGCCAAUCUGUUGUGAGGGAGCCGAAACAGGAUGCUUUUCUCCCUCAUUUUGAACCUUAUGUCCUCAUAGGGUUGCAGAAUGUCCAAUGUUUUUUCCAAAAUUCCCUGGUUUACCAGAAAUCCUGGUUGAAAGAUUCCUGGAAUAAGCAGGAAAUACGGGAAUUGUUGGACCAGUAUUUCUGGAAAUCCAAAGAAUUUAGGGAAAGUGUGAAACUCAUAAGCUAGGGUUUCUCAGCAAACGUCCUCUGAGAGCAGAGGAGGGCCAUGGGAAAUUAGGGUUAAUCCACUUGCAAUAAAUGGUUAAUGAAUACUACCUGUUUUCUACAAAAAAACGAAUUCCCACAUUCCGUACCCCUGACUUCCUUUUCCUCACCUACUGGAUAGUGAUAUAGCAUCAUUGAAGGGAAAUUAGGGACCAAUCUUUGGUUAAAGAGCCAUGAUAUUGACAUUGACAUGUCCGUGUCACAAGAGUACAGACUGUGAAGGACUUGACACAAGGUGCUUGGGAUGUGGACGGCGAAUCGAGAGAACUCUGUAUUCUCUUGCAGGCCCAUGAGUGCACCAUACUGUGUGGUUCCUGAAAGAAGAUGAAGAAUGACACUUUUUAAUGGCACAGUUGGUCAAGGCUACAUACAAGUAUUUACUUGACUAUGUGUAUGGGAGUGUGUGUAUGGGUGAGUGUGUGUGUGUGUGUGUGUGUGUGUGUGUGUGUGUGUGUGUGUGUGUGUGUGUGUGUGUGUGUGUGUGUGUGUGUGUGUGUGUGUGUGUGUGUGUGUGUGUGUGUAUUUAGUGAGUGUUAUUAUUUGUAUGGGAUGAUGUCAAUCCCAUAGGUAGAGGGGUGAGAAAAACUCAUCCUUAUUCUCCUUGUGUGGUUAAGAACGCUCAGAGUAUUUAUUAAAAUGAUUGUUUUAAUUGAAAUAAUGAUUCAUUCUUGUUAUUAUGAUUCUCUUUCCCGGAAUAUCUGUAUAUAUUGUAACGACCCUGGGUUCAUAAGCGCGGAAAUCGACUCUGCCGCACGAGAAUGCUUUUGCGGCACAGUCGAUAGCGCGCCGGACCUCGGGCUAGGAGGUCGAGGGUUCGAGACCUGCUCCCUGCUGUUUCAUUACAUUGGUGUCAGAAGUGAUCGGACCUUGCAUCCACGACAGUGCGUGUGCUUGGCCGGUGAGCGCGUUCCUGUAAGACGUAGAGUCGCAAGCUAGCGCGAGGACGCGCUCUUUGAAAGGAGGGAGUAGUGUAACGACCCUGGGUUCAUAAGCGCGGAAAUCGACUCUGCCACACGAGCAUGCUUUUGCGGCACAGUCGAUAGCGCGCCGGACCUCGGGCUAGGAGGUCGAGGGUUCGAGACCUGCUCCCUGCUGUUUCAUUACAAUAUAUAUACCUAUAUAUUUGGUAAUAUAACACAGACCGACCAAGGAAAACCAAGAAAACUACAGACUGACGUUCAUGUACAGUAUGGAUGGGAGACUGUCUACGACCUGUCUCAAUCUGUGACGUUCUGGGAUACAUGACGAAAGAGUGAUGUGUUGUUGACUGUUGAGCUGCGCUGAUGAGUGAUUGAAUGAAUGACGUAAUAAAAGAGGAAGAGAGGUGCUUGCUUGUGUCUCUGCUGUUCCUGUCACUCGCUCUGUGGAGUUAUAUCCAUAACGUUGACUGUCGUUAUAUUCCGUUAUAUUCUACCAUGUGCUCUAAUGCUUGUAAUAGCGGAACAUUUAAAUGGCUUAUUUUUCAAAUAACACACAUUAUAUUGUAUCCCUGUGAGCAGGAUAAAUGCCUGGCUGCAAUAACAGUGAUCAUCCUCUAGAUGUCAUCAAAGCUGUCACUUUGAGCCAAAUAUACUUACUAGGACAAGCAUGGUAGCCGGUUGUGCAUUUUGAUAGUCAUUUAGUUGUUCACGGGUAUCUUUCAGGUUUCCUUCUGUGGAGUUGUACGCUCUGACCUUUUCCUCUGGCUUUUGUUAUGAGUAUUAAGAGAUUGCUCCCACUUGAGCAUGAGACCACCUUUACUAAAUAGUUCAACAGGAUCCCUCUAGGAUUUUUUUUUGCCAUUGUAACGGAAUUGUGUAGGUGACCUGUGGGAAUCUUAUAAAGCCAAUAUAUCAGGUAUGUUGCAUUAACAUAAUGCUGGAAUCACACAACAGACAUCUCAAUAUCUCAGACACCUGACUUAAUCUAACAGGUUUAUCGAGGUGCUUUCAUAGCCCAGUUUGUGCCUGGUGCUAACGUAUGUCCUUUGUCCUGAUCUUGUCCACAUUCUGAUUGUGCCCACAUAUUAGCCGUUGCAUCUACACAUGGUACUAAAAUGUGUCCGCAUUGUCACCAGAUGUCCCUGUAUACAAAUCAAUUGACAGUUAUUGUUUCAAAAU